UUAUUUUACACCUAAUUUUUUUAAAUAAUCUUAUGCUUCCUUUAUUAUAUGUCCCAUAGUAUCUGAAUUAUCCAUCACUCAAUCUUUAAUAGUUCUAUAUGCUACCGACUACCACGUAUGCAUUACAAACUCCCAAAAAGGAAACUUGUGAUCAGGCCUCCCAAUUCCCAGAGCCAUACUUAUUUGAAUCAAGACUAAUGAGUAAUACAGUAGAAUGUGAAGAAGCAGCUGAAAAAGAAUUGAAGCUACUCCUCAUAUACCUAUCCAAAAAUAUUUCCUUAUUGAAAGAUAGUGUAUUUGAUGAAUUUGUGUUUGAAAAUUUAAGAGUAUAUCAUCGUAUUUAAAUUGUAGACCUUGUCAUCUUUAUAAAAAGACCUUCCAGACUUGAUUAAAUAACGAUAUAUCUUAAUCAAUAAAACAAAAGAAGAAAUGACCAAAUUCAUAAUCAGGAGAUGCUUUCUCUUUAUCAAAACCCAAAUUCACUACGAAGAAAAGGAAGGAUUUACAGCUGAAGAGAGGGAUAGAAUGUUUUAUAAUUCGUUCUUCUCCGAUGAUGAAGAAUUCAUGAAAUCUCAUUUGUAAGAAUCGAUUGACGAUAUGAUUCCAUUUAGAAAAGAUUCUAAGAUGAAAACGAUGAAUGACAAUUAUUUAAAAAGAUUAUUUGAGUCAGAAAGGUUCUCCAAAUAUUAUUCCUUAUUUUUAAGUAAUUAUUCCUGUAAAUCAAUAGCCCAAUUCAAGGAAAUUUGUAUCAAUGAAAAUGAAGAGAAAACUUAAAAUAUGACUAAAUAAUUGUUCAAAAUUAUUGUGGCAAGGGAUUAUGGAGUAUUAUUAAUUAUUUAUAUAGAAAAUUAAAACUUAUAGAAGAUUCCCCUGGAAGGACCAUGAAUUGAUCCAGUGUUAGGAGAGAGCCCAAACAUUGUACUCAAAAUAUUCUAAUUCGCAUAUUAAAAGUAUUUGCUUAUACAAAAUAGAAACCAAAAAUAAAUUUCAUUCAAAAUGUGAUUCUCAUUAUUCGGUUUCUUUGGAAAAGUCCUCUUAAUCUUAAAAUUGAUUUGAUAUUAUUCAUAAAAAGUCUUUAAAAAAAUUUAUUUCUG